AAGUAGUAAUCUGCCAAAAAAAGAAGAAGAAAAGUAGACGAAGGAGAAGAAAAAAAAUAUUCUUUGUGGUAUUAGUUUUGUUAAAACAGUGUCCUAUGGAGCGUCUGGCAUCUUUUGGAAAUGAUCCUUUUGAUAAGCCACCAUGCAGAGGUUGCUCAUCUUAUCUAACUGAGCCUUACAUCAAGUGUGCAGAAUGUGGACCCUCGCCUUUUUUACUCUGCCUCCAGUGUUUCACUAGAGGAUUUGAAUAUAAGAAGCAUGAGAGUGAUCACAAAUAUGAAAUAAUGACGUCAGACUUCCCCGUGCUGGAGCCUGGAUGGACGGCACAGGAAGAGAUGGCCCUGUUGGAAGCAGUCAUGGACUGUGGCUUUGGAAACUGGCAGGAUGUGGCAUAUCAGAUGCGCACUAAAACCAAAGAGGAAUGCGAGAGCCACUAUAUGAAGAAUUUCAUCAAUAAUCCGCUCUUCUCCUCCACCUUACUCAGCCUCCGAAAAACAAAAGACUCUCGCUUUGCAGAGGGAGCUAUUCCUUUUAAACCCACUGACGAUCCCCCUCGGCCCACAUUUGACUCUGUGCUGUCUCGAGAUAUGGCUGGAUACAUGCCUGCCAGAGCGGACUUUAUGGAGGAGUUUGACAACUAUGCAGAGUGGGAUUUGAAAGACAUUGACUUUGUGGAUGAUGAUUCGGACAUCCUACGUGCACUCAAGCUUUCCGUUGUUGAUAUAUAUCAUUCAAGACUAAAAGAGAGACAACGGAGGAAAAAGGUAAUCCGAGACCACGGACUGAUCAACCUGCGGAAAUUCCAGAUGCUGGAGCGAUGUUACCCAAAGGAGGUGCAGGAGCUAUAUGAUGUCAUGAGACGAUUUGCCAGAGUGGUUGGGCCGAUUGAACAUGACAAAUUCAUCGAAAGUCAUGCAUUAGAGUUUGAUCUGAGGAGAGAGAUCCGCAGGCUGCAGGAGUACAGAAAAGCAGGGAUCAAGUCUUUCUGCAGUGCCAAGGUGUAUGAGCGGGUGAAGCGGAUGCGGGAGGAGGAGCGGAGGAAGCGGACCAUGUUGUGUGACGUGCUGCAGUACAUCCAGGAUGGCAGAGCCUGCCAGCAGUGGCUCAGCAAACAGGCUGCAAUAGAUGCUGGCAUCACUCCAGCUGUCACAACAAUCACAGUGUCAGCGACAGGUAGGCGGAGCGCCCCUCCUCUCAACCUGACUGGGCUUCCAGGGACAGAGAAACUCAACGAGCGGGAGAAAGAGUUAUGCCAGGUUGUGCGGCUGGUGCCGGGGGCCUACCUGGAAUAUAAGCAGGCCUUGCUAAAUGAGUGCAGACGGCAGGGAGGGCUGCGGCUGGCACAGGCCCGAGCGCUGAUCAAGAUCGACGUCAACAAGACACGCAAAAUCUAUGAUUUCCUAAUUAAGGAGGGCUACAUCACGAAGGCCUAGGAGCGUUUGAUUUGACCACAGCGGAGAUUGGAUUUUGGUUAGAGGUUCAUUUUUUUCUAAUCUUGUAACAUUGUAAGCUUGUGUUUUGUUGCUGCUGCUUUUUCAAUUUUCUAACGAGGUCUGUUUGUUUUUGAGUCUAUAAUGUAUUACAAUGGCAAAUGUUUUUGUAUAAUUCUCUGUCAGAACAAUAGGGUCUCAUGUUAAAAUGAGGAUGUAUGUAUUCCUGUCAUAACAUUUUAUGAAAAAACAAUGUAAAGUGUAUGUUGAUAUUUUAUCUUUAUCUAUCAGCCCUACUUGGACUGAAAUGUCUGGGAACCCUUUAGUUCACCGGUCAUGUAAUUGACCUAAAAUUAACUAGAUAUGUAACUGUAAAUUCAAAGCACAUUUUGUGGAAAGUGUAAUUUUUUGGGGUAAAGAAGACCGUGUCAUUCCAGUUAAUUAAUAGUCGCAACGACACUAUUUUAAUCAGUGCUCACCUCAAAAUGCAAAAAAAAAUAAAAUCUACGGGCAAAUAUAAAAUUCAACAUAUAAAGAGGAUAAAGUUUUCAAUAAUAAAUUAAUAUUUACGGGAGCAGUUCAUUCAACAUGUUUAUAGUAAUCAACAACUGCUCUAACUAAUUAAAAAAAUAACUACGGUAAAAACAUCCUUGUCUCUAUUUUCCUGCAACUAGUGGCAAACAAAAAGUUAUUUUAAGAAACUUCCUAGAAAUAUUAUUGGGAAAUUGCAAACCUGUAAAAUGAAGCGUUAUCAAAUGUUUUAAAGGCAGAUACAAUACGCAGGAGAGUCAGUGGAUAUGGAUCAGUCUUGACACCAGACAAAUGACUUCAUGAACUCCUAGUAUUUUGAUCCUCUGUAGCUCUGACGACAGUUUUAAACUCAAUAUGAAGUAAAUUAUUCCUGUCUAUGAAUGACCACUUAAUGUUUCCCGAUAAUAUAAAGGUCUCAUUGUAGAGUCAUAAAAUUCAGCCUGAUCAAUGCUGAGCUGAUAGUUUUGUCAGCAUUUUUGAGUGAUGCUCCACAGUGACACAGUCAGUUAUUGGCAUCGAUCCUUUCUGUCUCCAUCUGUGGACGUGUUUGCCCCGCGUGACGGGAGAGAACUGUGAUGAAUCUAACAGCAGCAGGAGGCCACCAGCCUCCGACAGGUUUAUCUGAGCAGAGAGCAGCUGCCGCAUCAUCCUCAGCUAACAGCCUGAUUCUAACGGCAGGUUCAACCUUUGAUGGUAAGGGCGAGGCGACCGUGGAGGAGCGUCUGAGCAGAAAUCCUGAAAUGCAGGGAUUAGAUCUGGAUUUAAGAGGAUGUGAAGGAGAAGACUUUUUAUUUUUUUUAUUUUAUUUUUUUUUUUUUCCCUCCACAACAUAUGAGAAGCAGCAGAGUUAAAUUAUUCUUUUCACUUCUGCUCAUUUUACAGGAUACAAUUUUCCUCAUGUUACACUUGACAUCUUUACUUGAGACUCAAGCUCCAGCCAGCCUCAACCACCUAGGCUUUGAUCUGUCCUCUCUCCCUUUUAAUUUUCUGUUUAAAGCUUGAGCUCUCAUGGCUGCAAAUAGCGGCGGUUGGUGUUCAGUCUGCGGUGAAAGCAGAUGAACAAAUGUGACCCGAAUAUUCUGGAUUCAAAAGUGAGGCACUGCAUAACAAACUCCACAAUGACUGAGAAGUCAUCCAUGAAGCCACCAUGCUGUUUAAAAAUUAAAAAAAAGUAUAAUACAAUAAUUGCAUUUUAUAGUAAAGUGGGGGUUUCUCCAGUAGCAGUGGCAGUGAAAACUGUCCUGUCCUGUUUGUAGUGUCCUGAGGAGUGUCCCGGGACAGUCAGACACUGUCUUGUGACUCCCAUGACUGUCCUGGGACACUCAUCAGGACACUACUAACAGGACAGGAUAGUUUUUGCUGCCACUUCUUCUUGGUUUCUGGCACAGCUUAACUUACUUGCAAAAAAAGUUUUAAAGCGUCAAACUAGCAACAUUUUAUGGUGAGACCGACACAUUUUGGGUUGUGGUCCUCAUCUGGUUCGUCAUAAAAUAUUCACUAAGAAAAUUAUAAAGGCAUCCAAUUACAUACAUACAUACAUACAUACACAGCAACCAUCCAAUAGUGAUGUCAGUGUCCCCACCACAUCCAUUGGACUCACUGCAUUGACGUAUUCACUCAUACUGUAGUAGUUUGUUAUAUAGUUGUGUUGCAUUUGAGCAAUCCCAAUCAGAUUGAUAUUGUUUUUUAAAUCAAUUUGCUUUUUGCCUUGAUCUAUCCCAUCAUUGUCCAGAUUUAAUGUUAUUUUCAAAAUUCAGUCUAUUUCUGGUUAUUACAUGUAGAGAUGUUCCAAUACCGAUACCAGUAUUGGUAUUGGCUCCAAUACUGCCUAAAACGCUGGUAUCGGUAUCAGGAAGUACUGGAGUCUAUGCGCCGAUCCAAUACCACAUAAUAAAGCCCUAAAGAAAAUCUAGGUUAAAGUAGUUUCUUUAUGUUCAUUUUCCGUUAUAACUGACUGUCAAACUGGAGAAUAAAAUAAAGUUCUGUGGCAUUCAU